AUGGCGGCGCCGGCGAUAUGGCAGCCGCAGGAGCAGGGGCUCCACGAGAUCUGCACCCUCCUGGAGGCGCACAUCUCCCCCAACUCCGACCAGGCCCGCAUCUGGCAGCAGCUCCAGCAGUACAGCCAGUUCCCGGACUUCAACAACUACCUAGUCUUCAUCCUGACCCGCGGAGAGGGGAAAUCUAUUGAAGCUAGACAGGCAGCUGGUCUACUACUGAAAAACAAUUUGCGAACGACUUUCAGUUCGAUGCCACCUCCGUUCCAGCAUUAUGUUAGGUCUGAGCUGUUACCAUGUAUAGGGGCAACCAAUAGGGCAAUUAGAUCCACAGUUGGAACAGUGAUCAGUGUACUUUUCCAAAUUGUACGAGUUGCUGGAUGGAUUGAGUUGUUUCAGGCACUCCAUAAGUGUUUGGAUAGUAAUGACCUGGAUCACAUGGAAGGUGCUAUGGAUGCGAUAUACAAGAUCUGUGAGGAUGUCCCUGAAGAGCUCGAUGUUGAUGUUCCUGGUUUGUCUGAACGACCGAUCAAUGUGUUUAUGCCGAGAAUACUGCAGUUUUUCCAGUCACCACAUGCUACUUUGAGAAAACUAUCGUUGGGUUGCGUAAAUCAGUACAUAGUAGUGAUGCCAUCGGCACUCUACAUGUCUAUGGAUCAGUAUAUUCAGGGAUUAUUCAACCUUGCAAAGGACCCUUCAGCAGAUGUUCGGAAACUGGUUUGUUCAGCCUGGGUUCAGCUCAUUGAAGUUCGUCCAUCAAUUCUGGAGCCACAUCUUAAAAAUGUUACUGAAUUGAUCCUGCAAGCUAAUAAAGAUUCAGAUGAUGAAGUCGCCCUGGAAGCUUGCGAGUUCUGGUCUGCAUACUGUGAUGUGAGUAUGCCACCUGAAGGUUUACGGGAGUUCUUGCCACGCUUAAUCCCGACUUUGUUGUCGAACAUGGUAUAUGCGGAUGAUGAUGAGUCUCUUGAUGAUGCUGAGGAAGAUGAAUCCUUUCCAGACAGGGACCAGGAUUUGAAGCCCCGCUUCCAUGCCUCUCGAUUGCAUGGAUCAGAAACUGGAGAUGACGAUGAUGAUGAUGAUGCUGUAAAUGUCUGGAACCUGCGGAAGUGUAGUGCUGCUGGGUUGGAUGUUCUCUCUAAUGUGUUUGGUGACAGCAUCCUUCCAACUUUAAUGCCAUUGAUUGAGCAAAACUUGGUUCGAACAGAUGAUGAUUCUUGGAAGGAGAGGGAAACUGCUGUUUUGUGUCUAGGCGCUAUAGCAGAGGGGUGCAUUAGUGGUCUAUACCCGCACCUUCCUCAGAUUGUUGCCUUCCUAAUCCCCCUUUUUGAUGACAAAUUUCCUCUUAUACGGAGUAUUACAUGUUGGACGCUCUCUCGAUACAGCAAAUUCAUUGUUCAGAGCCUUGAUCAUCCAAAUGGACGUGAACAAUUUGAUAAGAUUCUCAUGGGAUUGCUCAGAAGGAUAUUGGAUACUAACAAAAGAGUGCAAGAGGCUGCUUGUUCGGCGUUUGCUACUCUUGAAGAGGAAGCUUCCGAAGAAUUAGUACCCCACCUGGAAGUAAUUUUGCAGCACCUCAUGUGUGCCUAUGGAAAAUACCAGAGACGAAAUCUCCGGAUACUCUAUGACGCCCUUGGUACCCUGGCUGAUGCUGUUGGAGCAGAAUUAAAUCAGGCGAAAUAUCUAGAUGUAUUUAUGCCACCUUUAAUCACGAAGUGGCAGCAACUUUCCAACUCUGACAAAGAUCUAUUUCCACUCCUUGAAUGCUUUACAUCUAUUGCACAGGCAUUGGGACCAGGAUUUGCUCAGUUUGCGGAACCAGUGUUUCAAAGGUGCAUCAAUCUUAUCCAAUCGCAACAGUUGGCAAAGAUUGAUCCUACUGCAGCUGGUGCGGUGUAUGAUAGAGAAUUCAUUGUUUGUUCGUUGGACCUACUGUCAGGACUUGCAGAAGGUCUUGGCGCUGGUAUUGAAAGUCUUGUUGCACAGAGCAGUUUGAGAGAUCUACUUUUGCAAUGCUGCAUGGAUGAAGCAGCUGAUGUUCGACAAAGUGCCCUUGCCCUUCUUGGAGACCUUUCUAGGGUUUGCCCAAUACAUUUGCAUCCACGCCUUCAAGAAUUUCUUACUGUUGCAGCAAAGCAACUGAAUCCUCAGUCUGUGAAGGAUGCGGUAUCAGUAGCUAACAAUGCCUGUUGGGCUAUUGGAGAAUUAGCAAUCAAGAUUGGCAAAGAAAUUGCACCUGUGGUGAUCACUGUUGUUUCUUGCUUGGUUCCCAUUCUAAAAUCCCCAGAGGGUUUGAACAAGUCACUUAUUGAAAAUAGUGCGAUCACUCUUGGGAGGCUUAGCUGGGUCUGUCCAGACAUUGUGGCCCCUCAUAUGGAACAUUUCAUGCAAGCAUGGUGCAAUGCCUUGUGCAUGAUCAGAGAUGAUUUUGAGAAAGAGGAUGCUUUUCAUGGACUGUGUGCAAUGGUGGCGGCAAACCCUACAGGAGCCGCUGGUUCAUUAGCUUACAUCUUCCAGGCCUGUGCAAGUUGGACUGAGAUAAAAAGUGAAGGUCUUCACAAUGAAGUGUGCCAGAUUCUGAAUGGCUACAAGCAGCUGCUUGGAAACGGUGGGUGGGAACAAUGCAUGGCCACCCUGCAACAAGAUGUUGUGCAGAAAUUAGCUAGAUAUGGAGUAUGA